CUUCAGUUCAUCAAACAAACAGCAAUAUCGCGUUUUCUAGUCCGCAACGCUUCAUUUCCAUCCAGGUUGCCUUUGAACGAUGAUGCUGUCCACGAGUGGGAUCCUGAUUACAACCUGCUCGGCAGUGUGCAUGAAGCCGAGGCACGUCCCCAUCAGGAAAGGCGCGACGACAUUCACCCAGCGGUUCCAAGAUUGUCAGCUCUCCGUGCUCGCACCCAAUUGCAGCUUGUCCAAAUGCCUCACGCGACCCCACGCCGUUCCCCACAUCCAUUUGCGGCUCCCAGUCCGUCCACGAGCGUCAUAGGCGUGCCGAAUCCCCAGCUGCAACGGCCCGGGGCCUUGGCACCUUCCAGGCGCGCAUGUGAAAGACCCAGAGUCGGCCGCGGCAUGUGCGCCCAUGGCUUUAUUACUGCUCCUUGAAGAACUCCCUCUUUACUUCGCUUUCCUCCGUCUUCUUCAUCAUCAGCACACCUACCAACAUGUCUAAGCGAAUCUCUGCCGCCGACGUGGCCUCCCACAACAAGGCCGACAACCUCUGGAUCAUUGUCGACCAGGAUGUCUACGACCUGACCAAGUUCCAGGACGAGCAUCCUGGAGGAAAGAAGAUCCUCCAGCGCGUCGCUGGCAAGGACGCCUCGAAGCAGUUCUGGAAGUACCACAACGAGGGCAUCCUCAAGAAGUACCAGAAGCAGCUCCAAGUGGGCUCUCUAGACUCCAAGGCUGCACCCGCCGCGCCCGCGCCGAAGAAGGAAGUCGUCAAGCCAUCGCCCAAACCUACCGCUGUUGCGAAGCCAACUGAGAAGCCAAAGGAGGAGGCUGAGGCAUUGGAGCCUUAUGGCGACCUCAUUCCCUAUGCGGACCCGUCUUGGUACCAAUCUUACCAUUCACCUUACUUCAACGAGACUCAUGCUGCCCUCCGUGCCGAAGUGCGACAAUGGGUCGAGGAGGAAAUCAUGCCCAACGUUACCGAGUGGGACGAGGCGAAGAAGGUGCCAGACUCAAUCUACAAGCAGAUGGGAGAGCGCGGAUAUCUUGCCGGUCUUUUGGGCGUGCACUACCCCAAGCACUUGACGGAUAAGCGUGUGGCGAGUGUCCCGCCUGAGAAGUGGGAUCUGUUCCACGAGAUGCUCCUUACCGACGAGCUCUCCCGCGCAGGCAGCGGAGGUCUCGUCUGGAACCUGAUUGGUGGUUUCGGCAUUGGUGCGCCGCCGCUGGUCAAGUUCGGCAAGAAGGAGCUUGUGAAGCGUAUCAUGCCAGAUAUUCUGAAUGGCAACAAGCGCAUCUGUCUUGCUAUCACCGAGCCUGAUGCGGGUAGCGAUGUGGCCAACCUGACCUGCGAGGCCAAACUCUCCGAGGACGGCAAACACUACAUUGUCAACGGCGAGAAGAAGUGGAUCACCAAUGGUGUAUGGGCCGACUACUUCACCACGGCUGUCCGCACUGGUGGUCCGGGCAUGAAUGGCGUUUCUCUCCUCCUCAUCGAGCGCAGUGCUGGCGGUGUCUCCACCCGCAAGAUGGACUGCCAGGGUGUAUGGAGCAGCGGCACCACGUACAUCACCUUCGAAGACGUCAAGGUCCCCGUCGAGAACCUGAUCGGCAAGGAGAACCAGGGCUUCAAGGUCAUCAUGACCAACUUCAACCACGAGCGUAUCGGUAUCAUCAUCCAGUGUCUCCGCUUCUCCCGCGUCUGCUACGAGGAGUCGAUGAAGUAUGCGCACAAGCGCAAGACGUUUGGCAAGCGCCUCAUUGACCACCCGGUCAUUCGUCUCAAGCUUGCGCAUAUGGCGCGCCAGAUUGAGGCGUCCUACAACUGGCUCGAGAACCUCAUCUACCAGUGCGAGAGGAUGAGCGAGUUCGAGGCCAUGAUGAAGCUCGGCGGUGCGAUUGCCAGUCUGAAGGCCCAGUCCACCGUCACCUUUGAGUUCUGUGCCCGCGAGGCCAGUCAGAUCUUCGGCGGCCUUUCGUACAGCAGGGGCGGACAGGGUGCCAAGGUGGAACGUUUGUACCGAGACGUGAGAGCCUACGCUAUCCCCGGUGGUAGCGAGGAGAUCAUGCUGGAUCUCUCUAUCCGGCAAGCGCUGAGGGUGCACAAGGUGCUGGGCAUGAAAUUGUAGAUUAUGGUGGGCCUUGUACAAAAGCUGGGUUGGUGUCUGGUUUUUGCAUAGAUUCGGCGAGCGGUUUGCGUUGAGGAAUACAUCUUUCCACUUAUCCCUUUCGUCUUUUGAGACUAGCGAAGAAAUGACAAACGAAAUGUGUCCCCUGGUGGACUACAUGACCUCUAAAAGACGAAACGGCCCCUAACCAUCUUUUCUAAUCGCCUAUUGUAUUCUAAUCGCCUAAUUGGUUAGUUUGCUCUUACGUCUGUAACUCUCAAGGCACGUGGCUAAUGGAAAAUGG